UAGUUUGAACCCAGCGGGCCCCCGUUGGAUGGGAAGCAAGCGUCGCCCUGGCAACGGUCGGUUCCUCACCGGGUUAGCAUCGAGGUUCUGAUCAACUGACCCGAGACAACGCGUCAGUUACCGUGUUAAUCACCGACCCCCGCCGUGAUGGCCACGAGCGACCCGUCCGUGUUCCUUCUCACCGUGAACGGACAGAUCGAGGGAGCCGACUUUCCAGAGUACGACAACCUCUACUGCAAAUACUGCUUCGUGUACGGACACGACUGGGCCCCGAUCUCAGGGCUGGAGGAAGGCAUCACUCAGAUCACCUGUAAAGGCAGCCAGUCGUCUCACAAACUCAUAUGGAACUUUCCACUGGAGACAACUUUUAAGAGCACAAACCCAUCAGGAUGGCCUCAGCUGGUGGUGAGUGUGUACGGGCCAGAUGUGUUUGGCAACGACGUGGUCCGGGGCUACGGAGCAACACACAUCCCUUUCACCUCUGGACAACACACAAAGACCGUCCCCAUGUUUGUUCCCGAGCCCACAUGGAGACUUCAGAAAUUCACCAGCUGGCUGUUGGGACGGCGGCCCGAGUACACAGACCCAAAAGUGGUGGCUCAGGGUGAAGGCAGAGAAGUGACGCGGGUUCGUUCCCAAGGCUUCGUCAGCGUCUCCUUUCACAUCCUGACUAAAGACAUGAGGAAACUGGGUUAUGACACGGGGCCGUCGAGUCCCAUGAACAAAGGGUCUGAUGCGUCCGCCUGGUCGACAGAAGAGCAAACCUACAGGAUGUAGGAACACGAGAGACUUUCAGAACUUGUGGCGGUUCUUUUUGGGGCCCUCAAGGAUGCCUGGUCCCCCACGAUCACAAAAACACGACCCCC